AUGGGGACGAACAGCCAGAGCAACAUCGUGGAAAUUGAAGAUGACAUCCCAGAUCCUGCUCAGUUUAGCCAUGACACUGCAGCGUGUAUUGUUUCUGUGAAAGGCUUAAAGGAGAACUGGCAGAAGUGGUCCGAUGAGCACCGGGAGAACCAGAAGCACAACCCCUUCAGUCACGACACCAGGCCCAGUGUGGUGGUCCCUCAGAGGGGGCAGGAUGACUACGGGAGACCCCUGCAGGGGUCAAUGACAGAGCAGCGAGGGAAGGAUGCUCACACUCACAUCAGCAGAGAGGUUGAGGAGCUGUGUGAGGUGAUAAGAAACAUCGGACACUCUGGAGACAAUGGUGGGGAUCAGAGCGGCAGCGAUGGGAGAGUCUUCACUGUGGAAUUUGGGAAACUGUUUGAGCAUUAUGUCACGAUCUCUAAUAAACUAGUGGGGAUUCUUCUACGAGCCAGGAAGCAGGGGCUGGUUGACUUUAAGGGAGAGAUGCUGUGGCAGGGGAAGGACAACCAUGCAGUUGUCACUCUGUUGCAGUGAUCAGAAACUUGGAUUAGUGUUUAUGCCUUGAUCAUGUUACAUGCAGCACAAUACAGAGCUACUUCAUGGCAGCACUCACUGUGGUAUUCAGAUAGCAGGGGGAUUGGACUCAGUGUACUUAAGUCUCGUAAUGCACUAUUAUUAGUAAGAAAUUGCUCUGUGUUCCUUACAAAAGCAAAAACUUCAGUUUUUUUCAUAAUUCACGCCACCUCCCUAAGGAGUGUAAAUUAGGCAUACAAAUAUAUUUUCUCCUUGUGCUUAAAAGCAUGAUCUAUUUAAUCAAUAAUAACAAAAAAUGUAAAACUAAAACUGUCCAAAGUGCAAAUACAUGAAGGAGGUAGAAAAAAAAUUAAUUACAAACCAUUUUUCCAGUUUGGGUCAUACCAGGGGAAUUGACAAUUAGCAGCAUUUUUCAGUAACAAAAAGAGGACAUCAGCAUGUGGAUAAAUUAGUUUUAAAGCAAAUAAUAGCACUCAAAAAAGCCCAAACUGUGCCUAACAUGGAGAUGCUUCAGACAAAUAAUAAUAGUCAUAUGUCAGGGGGAAUAAAAUCAUGACAGGAUAUGCAUAGCUAAAAUUUAAGCACAAAUAAAGAGAAACAUUGGUCUGAAG